AUUUUAUCCUUGAUCAACUUGCUAUUUUUGAGCUUGGUUUUAUCUAAUUUUGUCAAGAUUUAUUGUUUCUUCACUUUCUUGAUUAUAUUUUGUAAAAAGAUUUUAACUUUUUGAGUUUUUGUUUCCUUAUAAACACAUUUAAAGACACACAAACCAAAACCCAUGUAGAAAAAAUUGGUCUCAGAGAAUCUGAAGAUUGAUUAUUUAAAUAAUGGGAAUCUGUUGUUUUACUCCUGCUAAAUCUGCUAAGAAAGUGAAUAAAAAGGACAAACCAAACCCGUUCUCAACUGCCUAUAGUCCCAGACCACAAACUGGACCGGGGUUGAAGUUUUAUGUAUUAAAAAACCCAACGGGUCAUGACAUCACACAGAGAUACACUCUAGGAAGGGAGCUAGGAAGGGGUGAAUUUGGGGUAACAUAUUUGUGUACAGAUUUGAAAACUGGUGGAAAGUUUGCCUGCAAAUCGAUAAUGAAGAAUAAACUUAGGACUUCAGUUGAUAUUGAAGAUGUGAGGAGAGAAGUUGACAUCAUGAAGCAUUUGCCUAUACAUCCAAAUAUUGUGACUCUGAUGGACACAUAUGAGGAUGAUAAUGCUGUUCACAUAGUGAUGGAAUUAUGUGAAGGCGGAGAGUUAUUUGAUCGGAUUGUUGCUCGUGGGCAUUACACAGAACGUGCUGCAGCUGCUAUUAUGAGGACAAUAGUCGAAGUUGUUCAGGUAUGUCAUAUGCAUGGAGUUAUGCAUCGUGAUCUCAAACCUGAGAAUUUUCUUUUCGCAAACAAGAAAGAAACGGCCGCUUUAAAGUCCAUUGAUUUUGGCCUGUCGGUUUUCUUUAAACCUGGUCAAGUCUUUAAUGAGAUAGUUGGAAGUCCUUGGUAUAUGGCCCCAGAAGUUCUAAAGCGCAAUUAUGGGCCCGAGAUUGAUGUAUGGAGUGCUGGUGUUAUCAUGUACAUUUUGCUUUGUGGUGUUCCACCUUUUUGGGCAGAAAAUGAACAAGGAGUCGCUCAAGCAAUUAUUCGCUCAGAAUAUAAUCUUGAGAGAGAUCCAUGGCCUAAAGUUUCUGAAAAUGCCAAAGAUCUUGUGAAGAAAAUGCUUGAUCCUGACCCAAAGCGUCGGCUUACAGCUCAACAAGUCCUGGAACACCCAUGGUUAUUUAAUGCAAAGGCGGCUCCAAAUGUUUCAUUGGGUGAGGUUGUGAGGUCAAGACUUAAACAGUUCGCGGUGAUGAACAAGCUAAAAAAGAAAGCUUUGAGGGUGAUAGCUGAACUUUUAUCGGUUGAGGAAGUAGCUGGGAUAAAGGAGCGCUUUGAUCUUAUGGAUAUGGACAAGAAAGGCAAGAUAAGUAUUGAACAACUCCGGAGUGGUUUACAGAAACUCGGACAACUAAUAAAUGAUGCAGAUCUUCAAGUAAUACUGGAAACUGUUGAUCCUGAUGAAGACGGUACCAUAGAUUAUGCUCAGUUUGUGGCUGUUGGUGUGCAUCUUCAUAGAAUUGUGAACGAUGAGCACCUACACAAAGCAUUUGCCUGCUUUGAUCAAAACCAUGAUGGCUAUAUAGAAGUCGAUGAGUUACGUAAUGCCUUAAGUGAUGAUGAGAAUAUCGACGGUAUUGAUGAUGUAAUCAAUGCGAUUAUGCAUGAAGUUGACACAGAUAAGGAUGGACGCAUUAGUUACGAGGAGUUUGUUGCUAUGAUGAAAGCUGGUACAGAUUGGAGGAAAGCAUCAAGGCAAUAUUCACGAGAUCACUUCAAAAGCCUUAGUUUGAACUUCAUCAAUGACAGUUCGUUAGUUACCAACAAGUGACGAUGAAUAUUUGGGAACCUUUCUUUUUUUAGUAAGAAAUGCUACUAAUUACACUUGAGCAAACUUUUAUAGAGAUUUUGCUUUCUUUAUCUAACAAUGCUGGGCAGCUAUUCUUUUUCAAAUGUUAAUGUAGUACCCAGUUAAUUAGACUA